AUGAUCUUCUCAACACGAUCAUUCAUCAAGAGGACACCACAGCCGAGGCUUGGAAUCGCCUUGUUCAUCUUUCAGGACAACAAAUCGGCUAGGGCUCUUGCUCUUGAUGCAAAAUUCACCAACACCAAAUUGGUGGAUUUUCCGAAUGUGAAAGCAUACUGCACCAGGCUAAAGGUUCUUGCAGACAAUCUCGCCAACGUCGGCCACAAAGUUUCCGACGAACGACUUGUGCUCCGUCUUCUGCGUGGGUUAUCGGAAGAAUAUAAAACUUUUCGAACAACGGUGCAGCACCGUACUCCUCUCCCAUCUUUUGACGUUGUCCGUUCGAUGCUCGAACUUGAGGAAGACAGCCAUGGCGAGGACGCCAUUCACGACUCCGGGUCAAAUGCUGCUCUCGUUUCCCACAAUAUUAAUCCUCAUAAUUUCUCUGGUAAUGGGCAGCCCAACAAUUCUGAAAAUACCUUCAAUAAUUGA